AUGGAAGGUCUUAAAGAUUUGCUUGCUCCUAAAACACUCCACUGGUUCAGUUAUGUGGCAAAUGUAUUUUGGAUUUUGCUCGGAAUUAUCCUAUCAGCAGUCUUUCUAGACAUUGAAAACAGCGAACCGAGAUUUGACUUUCGUUGUGGCUCAAAUGGCGACAAGGAACUCAUUCGUGGAAAGUGUUACGAACAGUACGAUAAACAAUACAACAAAUUCCCUGUUUAUGGAUUCGUGAUUAUUAACUUCAUUGUUACUGCAAGUGUUUGUGGAAUAUACUCCCAUGCGGUGAAGUCGAGAGUUGAGGAACUUGAACGCCGAGACAGGAAUCAGGAUGUAGAAGACCGGACUCAACAGAGAAACAAUAGCUUAACUGAAAGAAAGCUUUUUCAAGCGUACUGUUUGCAACUUCUUGCCAGAGUUGUUCUUGGGAUUUCUUUUGUCCUUCUGCAGACCAAAUUACUUUAUCCUCUUAGCUUUCCCUCGAACUUUAAGUGUAACUUAACGAGAGACGAGCGCUUAUCAGACAUUACGGCCAGUGCGUCUCGCAACGAAACUCUAACGCAAACGUCAUACGAAUGUCAUAAUCAACGAGCAGCUAAGAAGACCUUCUGGGCCAUUUCCGUGAUCGUUGUAACUGGAUCGUUUGCGUUUCUCGUGUUCAUCGAGUGUCUUUAUUUGUUAUUACGUGCAAAAAAAGUAGAAAGGUUCACAGUGGACGCCAAAUUUUAUAAAUAUUAUCUCAGUUCGACUAAGCCAAAUCCUUCUACGGCAGAACAACAGCAAGAGUUAUUACCAACUAUUCCCAAUAACUUAGUAGCUCCUUCCUUUGAACAAAUGAAGAGACAUGUGCGAGACGUCACCAAACGACCUUACAAAGAUCUUAAAUCACCUUUUGCCGAUGAUCCAGGCGAAGGAAGAGAUCUGAAGCUUGACGAAAUCUUCACCAACUUGAUUGUUUACGAGGGGAGAGCUCACUACAACUUUUCUGUAGACAGAGGGGAACAACUUAAAGAGUAUUACAAAGCCAAUGAAAAAUUGUCACCAACAGUGCCAGGAAAAAUUUUCGAUCGUGAAGAGCAAAAGAUUCUUGUUGUCGGUCGUCCUGGGAUUGGAAAAACUAUGUUUAGCACAAAGAUUCUUCGCGACUGGGCGUCCGAUAAUUUGUUGAACGAAACACAAAAAUCACAAAUAGAUUUUAAAGUCGCUUUUCUAGUUAAGUUGAGGAUGUUCAACUUUACCGACAAAGAACUAAAUCUUCGCGAACUUCUGGAUCACUCAGAGUAUUCAACAACUCUAUCUGAAGAGACCUGGAGCUACAUCCGUGAAAACCCACAGCGAGUGCUGAUCAUUUUUGAUGGAUUUGAUGAAUAUUCUAGGAAGGCUGAAAUCAAUAAAGAUGACGUCCCGUACAGAAACAGCGAAGAAGACAGGAUGCCUGUCCAUUUCCUGCUAGAGAAAAUAUUAUCCGGAAAAUUUCUUACCGGUGCGACAGUGUUAAUGACUACAAGACCCAAUGCCGUUUCAUGUAUCAGAAGUCCUAUCUUCGACAAAACAGUUGAAAUUCUGGGAUUUACGACUAAGCAAGUGGAAGAUUAUGUAGAGAAGUUUUCAAAGCAGGGGGACAAAGCAGAAACCAUAAAGCAACACAUUACAAGUAACUCAAACCUUCAAGCCUUCUGCUACAUCCCUGUGAAUUGUUUCAUCAUUUGUUCGUGCUUGUUAGAGUUGCUUGGUAGCACUGGCUUUAGCCUCCCGACAAGACUGACAGAGAUAUACUCAAUUGCAAUAAAAAUGUUUUACUUUAGUUACGAUGAUAAUCAAUAUCGCCACGAUAAAGCCGAAGGUCAACAGUUUUUUCUGAAGCCGUUUAAGGAACUUUCUUCAACUGUACAAGAAGUGUUCAAAAGUCUGGGAGAAAUUGCCUUUAAUGGAAUUAAAAAUGGCAGACUAAUUUUUGAAUCACACGAAGUUAAAGACCUAAAGAGUAAUGGCUUGUUCCACCGUUUACCUGACACUAGAGAACGUCCUUUAGGAGAGAAAAGAGAACAAUAUUGUUUUUUACACCUGACUAUGCAGGAAUUCUUGGCGGCGAAGUAUUUGGUAGACACGUACAGUUCCGAAGACCUGCAGAAGUUUGUUUCCGAUCACAUCCAGUAUGGCGCGUGGAAGGUUGUGAUGCAGUUUGUUGCUGGAUUGCUGGAUGAAAAAGAAGGCAAAUCGACAGAUAUUUUCAGCGACCUUCUUCCGUCAAAAACGGAUACUAAAGAAGUUGAAAUCAAGUUCAGUGAAGACUCACAGGAACGAAGUGAAACUCUGACCUGCUGGCCAGCAGAUGAAGACAAGCCUCUGGUGGUGAUGCUAUUCAAUUGCAUGUAUGAAAACAAAGCUUCUGGUCGAAAAGUUCAAGAGAAACUGGCGAAAAUUGACAGUUGUAACGCGCUUAAUUUUAGUAAGUGUAACCUGUCACCUCUCGACUGUUUAGCAUUAGUACAUGCACUUAAAUCUGUCGAAGGAAUUUUGUAUUUUGAUUUAAGCGAAAACAACCUUCGGUCGCUAGGAUGUAUUGAGAUUGCGAAGUUGUUACCCGGCAACGAACACAAUCAGGGUCUCUGCAAACUAAACAGCUUAAACCUCUGUGGUAGCGACAUAACUGAUGAAGCAGUUGAACACUUAUCUACAGCACUCACACACACUAACUGCAAAGUAAACAGCUUAAACCUCAGUCGUAACAAGAUAACUGCUGAAGGUGUUAAACACUUAUCUACAGCACUCACACACACUGACUGCAAACUAAACAGCUUAAACCUCACUAGUAACAACAUAACUGAUGAAGGAGUUAAACACUUAUCUACAGCACUCACACACACUAACUGCAAACUAAACAGCUUAAACCUCACUAGUAACAACAUAACUGCUGAAGGAGUUAAACACUUAUCUACAGCACUCACACACACUAGUUGCAAACUAAACAGCUUAAACCUGUGGGAUAACAACAUAACUGCUGAAGGAGUUAAAUAUUUAUCUACAGCACUUACACACUCUAACUGCAAACUA